GGAAGAACCGGCGCUUCGAGAAAGCCUGUGGUUUCUGAGUGAUUAUAAACCUGCACAGGACGACCAAGUCCAUUUGGCUCUAGACGUGGACUACUACGAUGAGGCAGACAACAUGAAGAAAAAAUACUGGAACUCGAAGCUCUCAGAACGCCAAUUGUACGCCCUCGAUUCCCUGCACCGUCUGGCCGACGAACACAACGAUACCGACGCUACCUAUGUCCUGGCCCAGAUCAAUUUAUUUGGCAACUACUCGCUGCCAACGAACGCAACACAGACACUACAUUACCAUCAGAAAAUGGUGCAGUUGGCGCCCAAUGCAACCUCAAACUACCUCCUGGGCUUCAUAUACGCAACCGGACUUUUUGGCAAGUUGGACAUGGACCAAGGCAGAGCGCUGCUUCACUACCAGAUUGCCGCGGACCAGGGUGAUAUCCGUGCAGCUAUGGCAUUGGCAUAUAGAUAUUACAAGGGCAUUUCUGUGGAACAGAACCUGAUACUGGCUCUGUACUAUUACGGCAUGGUUGCGCACGAAUGCUUUGAGUUUAUCAAGAACGGGCCAAUCGGCGGACCCAACAUUGAUCACUUCAACUUCCGCAUUUACGACCUCCAAGGGGGCUUGUACGGCUCAGGAGCGAGCGAAACAACACCCAUUGUUCCUUCCACAUUGAAAGAGGUGGUUGAGUAUGAGGACUUUGCAGACGUUGAUUUCCAAUCCUCUUCCUACAAAGACAAAGCACGCUCCGUCCGAUACUACUACGACGGCAACUACUGGAGACCGCGCGACUACAACACAGCCUUUGAGAUUGCCCAAGAAUGCGCAACCCGCGGAAUCCAGCUGAGGCCUGUCCAGGACGUGCUGGAAGGUAGAAUCGACCGCAAAUUGUCGGUUUCGCGGACUCUCAUCCAGAGUGUUGGCCAGUGCUGUUCGGAUCUGGGCCACAUGUACCUCAGAGGCGAAGGCACAGAAAUGGACCUGGAGAGUGCCAGAGUCUGGCUGGAGAGGGGCGUGAAACUAGCCAAGUCGGCAGAAGCCAGCGUCGACCUCGGACUUCUCUACGAAUUGAUGGACGAUGAUGAGCACCGCGCGCAGGCGUUUGAGCUCUACAACUCUGCCCGUUAUGCGUCCGCUAGGGCUCUUUACCAUCGAGCUAAAAUCCUCAUAAGAAGCGACUUUGAGGCCGGACUGGGCCAGCUCAUCACGGCAGCAUAUAGGAACGUUCCCGAGGCAAAAUACCAGGCUGCACAGAUGAAGGAGCUACAAUACGAGCCAGGCAAAGAAGAAGGAAUUAUAGUGUUCUACAAGGCCUUUGUGGAGCACAUGGAGCCGGUGGUUUGCGAUUUGCAGUGGGCCUUCCACCAGCUGCUGAACAGAAACCAUGAACAGGCCCUUAUUGGAUACGCCAUGGCUGCAGAGCAAGGCUUUGAGCCCGCACAGUCAUCCACGGCAUUUCUUCUUUACUCGCCUGUGGGGUACCUUGAGGAGCCUCCUAGAGUUCCGUUCGAGCGGUUCCAAAGCUCGCUAAAUUACUACAGACGCGCACACCAGCAGCAAAAUUUGGACGCGGGAGUCUUUCUUGGAGAUAUCUACUACAACGGGCUCAAAAACUCACAGAUCGGAAACUCGUCAGAGAAUGGAGAGUAUGCGAUCGAGCCAGAUUACAACACGGCUUUUUCGUACUACCUUUCUGCGUCAGCAAAGGGCAGUCUUCAGGCAAGGUUCAAUCUCGGCUACAUGUACGAAAUGGGUAUUGGACUGAGCCAGGACUUCCAUCUGGCCAAGCGGUACUAUGACCAGAUGUUCGAGAUAAACCAGAAACCUUCUUUAGCUGCUCAGCUGUCUCUUCUGCGUUUGUGGCUGAAGAUCUGGUGGUAUGGCGAGAAAACCGCUGAAGAUUCGGACGUUCAACAGCCUACGACCAGAACGUGGGACGAUUGGGUGCAGAUGUACACGAGGCUCAGAGAUGAGAGACGCGAAACCUCUGCACAGGAGCAGCUCGCUAACGCACCCAGCAGAGCCGGGCCUGACUCGAACUUUAUUUUCGAGAGCACUUUCGAGAACGGCAACGCAGACAUCUUUUUCCUAAUCGCGUUUGCAUCGAUCUUCCUGCUAGUCAUGCUGAACCGGUGGCGGCUUCUGCGCCAGCGACGGCCGGGACAGCCCGACGACGAGCCUGAAGACGAGCCAAACGUGAGGUUCCGAGUAAUACUUUUAUAGCAUCUUGAUUAUUAUGUAUGAUUACUGGUCGACUUCACCGGCAGACUCCCAUUUUCCUGAGAGGGUCUCCUUCCAUAGCGUCACCUUGUUGUCUCCACCACUGAUGGCAAGCACGUUGCCGCUGAGCGACCAGCUGGCUCUCCAGCAUACGUCAGGGAACUUUUCCUCUGUCAGGAGCUGUUUCUUCCAUGGCGACGUGCCGCCAACCGUGUCGUUGGUCCAUAUCAGAACAGUUCUGUCUUGUGACGCAGAUGCAAUGUAUGACUUUGAGAGAAGAGACGAGGACCAGGCCACGUCUCUGACCCAAUCUGUGUGGCCGGUGAGCACCGCCUCCUCGACAUAGUUAUUGACUUGCGGGUCGAAUUUCCAUAUUUUGACCAGGUCGUCGCAUCCGCCAGUCACGAAUCGUCUUUCCUUGAUGUUGUCCUUGUGUGGUGGCGCCCACGAACCCGCGUUAGCUCCAAUGGCAUGUGCCUGGAACACCAUUGUCUUUUGUGACCCGUCUUCCAUGAACUCCACCACAGAGGCCUUACCGUCACUGGAGGUGCACAGCAGCACUGCACCGUACUCGCUUGGCGCCCACGAAACGCUGUUCACCGAGGCUUGGUGCACACCGUGCUCUGCGAUGUUCGACCACACUCCGUUCUCUUCUUUCCAGAUGAGGGCCUUGCCGUCGUACGAGCAAGAGGCGAGUAUCACGCCAAAUUUCGGGUGGGCCCACGCGACCUGCCAAACAGGCCCGUCGUGGCCCUUCAGCGUCUCCACCAGCUUGUGGUUUUCGCCGUCCACUUCAAAGAUCUUAAUCGUCUUGUCCGACGAACACGUCGCCAGUCUUUUCCCGUAGUAGUCUAACACGGCGUCGUGAAUCAGAUCAUCGUGCGCGUUGCCAAUUGUCAC